ACGCGGAUAUAUUUCGUGGAGAUCGAGAAAACCGGAAACUACCCUGUAGACGGAUCCAACAGGUGUGAACCUUCGGUGAACUUAUUCUUUCGAUCGAUCCAUACUAUUUCUUUUUUGAUCAUUUUUUUCUCUUUCUCUUCGCGUCUUUACCAUUUCUCUCAUUGACUCUACUUUGAAAGUUACUAUUUUCGGCAAGAGAAUUCAAGAAAAUAAUCAGCGGUGGGGUCAAACGAAAGGAAUCUUAAAAAGGCCAAAGAAGUGGAACGAACUCGUCGAUCUACUCUCGUCGUUGUUCAUCGAGGGACAGACCUCAAGGAUUUCGAUCUUUCCGUGUCUUUUAAAAGAUCAACGAUGAAUCUCGAAGAUUAUCGUAAACACGGAAAGGAAAUGGUGGAUUAUAUCGCCGAUUAUCUUGAAAAUAUUCGUUCGAGACGAGUAUACCCAGCCGUGUCACCAGGCUAUCUGAGAAACAUUCUACCUGCAUCAGCACCCGUCGAAGGGGAACCAUGGGAGGAUAUAUUUUCUGACAUCGAGAGAUGCAUUAUGCCAGGUGUAACUCAUUGGCAAAGUCCUCAUAUGCACGCUUACUUUCCGGCACUGAACUCUCCGACGAGUAUGUUAGGCGACAUGUUGGCCGACGCUAUUAAUUGUCUCGGUUUCACUUGGGCUUCGAGCCCAGUGUGUACCGAAUUAGAAACGAUCGUGAUGAAUUGGCUCGGUAAGAUGAUAGGUUUGCCUGAACAAUUUAUGCAUCGGCCUGGUGUGAUGAACGGUGGCGGAGGUGUCAUCCAAACUACUGCAUCCGACUCCACUCUUGUCUCCCUUCUUGCGGCAAGAACUCGUGCGAUUAGGGACGUUCAAGAAAGCGAACCCAAUGAAACGAGCGCAAAUAUCAACUCGCGCCUCGUCGCUUAUUGUUCCGAUCAGGCGCACUCGAGCGUGGAAAAGGCUGGACUUAUCGGAUUAGUAAAAAUGAGGUACAUCGAAUCGGAUGCGGAUCUUAGCAUGAGAGGCGAAGCUCUUGAAGAAGCUUUGGCUCGUGAUCGAGCUGACGGUUUGCUUCCGUUUUUCGUGUGCGUGACUUUGGGUACAACCGGUGCAUGUUCCUUCGACAAUCUUAUGGAAGUGGGCCCGAUAUGCGAAAAGAAUGGUUUAUGGUUGCACAUCGAUGCUGCCUACGCCGGAAGCGCCUUUAUCUGUCCGGAAUUUCGUGGUUGGCUUCAAGGAAUCGAAUAUGCCGAUUCUUUCGCUUUCAAUCCAAGCAAAUGGUUGAUGGUUCAUUUCGAUUGUACCGCUAUGUGGGUGAAAAAUAGCCAGGCUCUCCACAGAACUUUCAACGUGGAUCCUAUUUAUCUAAAGCACGAAAAUUCCGGACUCGCCAUUGAUUUCAUGCACUGGCAAAUACCGUUGUCAAAGAGAUUCAGAGCGCUCAAACUUUGGUUUGUCAUCAGGAAUUACGGGAUUAGUGGACUUCAGAAGCACAUACGAGAGGGAGUAAGAUUAGCACAAAAGUUUGAGGCUUUGGUACUGGCUGAUCCACGUUUUGAAAUUCCUGCUACGAGGCAUUUAGGAAUGGUAGUAUUUCGUUUGCGAGGUGAGAACAACUCGACUGAAAGAUUGUUAAAGAAAAUGAAUUCUCGUGGUCGUGUGCAUUGCGUACCUGCUGCACUUCAUGGAAAAUACGUCAUCAGAUUCACUGUUACUUCGACCAAUACCACCAACGAGGACAUAUUGAAGGAUUGGGCAGAAAUAAGGAACACGGCUAAUGAAAUUUUAGGUGACAAUUCUGGUUCACCAGUAAGAGCAAGAGUUCCGUUGGCAGAUACGCGCGAGAAGAACGAAAAUUUCGGUUCCAGUUUGUUGUUAGCUAAUUCACCAAUGUCACCGAAGAUUGUUAAUGGCAGUUUCGCAGCCAUAUACGACGCCACCGAUGUUUUCGAGGAAUGCAUGAAGAACUUUGGACAGCUACGAGUCGAAGCAAAGGAUAGUCCAGCGAUGCGACGACGUAUUCGAGGUAUACUCAUGUCAGGAAAACAAUUUUCUUUAGAUUCUCGCAUGGACCUCGUUCAAGGCUACGUGUGUUGUGGACGAUCAGCAGGACCAUCUACCGAUCUUCCUCAAAUGAAAGAGGACGAAGACGGUCUAGUCACCGUUGAAUCUACUAUAAGCAUCGACAAAAUCGACUCUACUUACAACGAUAUUUCUCGAGAGAACUCUAUGUUACUAUCGGAUCUUGAUGAAUCGUAUGAUAACAACUCGAAGAAGGAGAUAGCGAAAGCUCACUCGGGCUACGGAAUAGCUAAUGGUUCGGUUGUCAAGCAAGAAAACGAAGGUCAAGACAUUUCGUCCAUGCCAUCCGGGGAGAAGGGUAUACCUAGAAGCGAAACGAUCGGUGCGAUAGGACAUCGACCUUACACGGGUGAGCUCGUACCUUCACGUUUUCGAUCGGAGAAACCUAUCAAGGACAAAGAAGAGAUCGACAACGACGGUAGUGAUGACGACGUUGGUGACGAAGACGGCAGGCUCUGUCAAAAGUGUGGUCAUUCUUUCAAACCUCAGUAAAUCUCUCUUCCCUUCCUGUUAUUUUUUUCUUUUUUUUUUUUUUUUGUUCAUCACGUUACGAAACACGACGUAGAUCGUCGAUUUGAAGAGUCAUGAAAAUGUUAACGCGUGUAAGAUUAUCUUUUCGUUUCUAUUUGCUCUCCCUCUCUCUCUCUCUCUCUCUCUCUCACUAUCUCUCUUUCUUUCUCUCAUUCUCUCUCAAUCUAUUUAUCUAGUUAUCGCUCUCUAUCUAACUUUAAAUGGAUUUUUCGUCGUUGCUAAAUCGACGUACGAUCGUUCAAAUAAGCCGUAGAAGCAAACGAAAAAUAUCGAUUGCAGCAAUAAAACAUGUUGAAUGCCGUAGUUAGACGAAAAGCAAACAUCUCUCUCUUUUUCUUUUAUUCUAAUGUACAUACAUACCCUCUCGUCCAUUCGCAAUGUUGAUCGUCAUUGAUCGAUUCCUGUAAGAGUGUGGAUAUUAAAUGUUUUGUUGUGCUAGAGGAGUAAAGUAUCAAGGAUCGAUUUUCAUAACAGGUAUGUAUACAUUUUAUUGCCCUCGAACGUCGUGACAAAUAUGAAAGAUUUGUUUUUGAAAAUAACCUCCAAACAUGUAUCACUUUAAUAUUUGUUUUUUCUUUUUCCCCAUAUAUUUUCUUCUUUGCAAUAGCAAUUGCUACAAUUUGUGAUGAAGAAAUGUGAUCAAUCUUAAUUCGAUCUAUAGCUACAGGCUGAAAAUGAUAUUGAAAUCAUCAAGUCAAACAACGACGUAUUAACGAUAUUCCUUUUAUUAGUAAAUUAUAAUCCCUCUUACUAGCUGUUCUAUCUACAACCAAUACCAUCAUCAGCGAGAAAAAUUUCUUUCAGAAUUUCUUAUCAAGACUAUUUUAUCGAACGAUUGCGCAAACUCCCUUAUAAGUAUUGUAUUUUGUGACUAGUGCAUCAUUGAAACGAAGAAAAGUAAAAUUCUUUUUACAACGCAGAUAGUUUUUUUAUCGAAUUUUUCGUCGCGUUACAGAAGGACUUUUUUCUGUCUGAUUUCUUUGUUUUCUUACAUAACAUUUUUUGUAACAUCGUUGUUGCAUAUCAUUUAUCAAAUAACGAAUAUGCGUGGAUAUCUUUCGGCUGCGAGGCCAGAUUUGAACGUGACAAUUAUUAUGUAUGUUGACAAUUCGCCGUUUUACAAAUUUUAUUACAGAUUAAUGUGUGAUAUAUUUCGGAUCGCAAUAACUCUAAACGCUUGGAACGAAAAAACGUCCUUGAAUAUUUUUACUUUUAUCGAGUUAAUUCACGCGUAGUCUUGCUAUGCGAAAAAAAUGUUCGAGUCGUUUCCAGCACGAUCUCGAAUGAUUUUUCAUUUCUCAAGAUUAAUAUAUUUUAUAGAAGAGAAUUUUUCCAAGAGGAUAUAACAAUCAAACGAAUUUCCUUUGCCUGCUGGUGAUUAUAAAGCUUCGAUGAUAUGAUUUUUGUCGAUGAUCCAAAUAAGGAUACCAUAUAAAGUAUUAUCAUUAUAUGACUAAGACCUACGUACUACAGAAAUUCUUCAUGUAAUCCUAAAUAUCAAUAACAGUUACCUACGUUAGUCAGUAAAACGAUUUAUAACAAUGAUAUGACUCGUAUAAAAUACGAUCGAGUACGCGCGCAUGUAGAUACGCGUAACUGGAACAAUCCUAAAGGGACUUAGGACAAACACCUAUCUAAAUCUGUAAGAAACGAUCGAUAACGAUGAUAUGAUUCGUAUUAGAAUAUAGCAUAUGUACAUAGAUAGGCCCAAUUUUUCUCGCUUAGCAAUUCCUCGUUACAAUGCGUUUAAAAAUAAUCGACGUUUCUUCGUACACAUAAUGCCAUUUAAAAAAGGGAAAUCGAAAAGCUGGCGAGAAAAUAGCGUUAAUCGAUGCGAUCGGAAAUUAGUGUAAACAGCGAAAUAUAGAAGAGCGAUGUGGUAUUAAUACAAUAAGUAAGAAAGAAAAAUGGAAAGAGAUAGAAAGAUAACGAAGAUCAGUGGAUUAGCCUCGCAGCCGCGCGUGCGACAAUGAACAAAUGACGCGACACGAGCCGCAUGGCUUGCCAGAGAAACAUCGGUGAACUCACCACCAAUGCAAGCACCGAAGCUUGUUUGGCAAGAGGCUCCGUUAAAGAAAGCCUCUCUGUGAGGACAUGAGCGUUCAGCUUGCUCGAGUCAUCCGCGAGAGAUUUUAUAAUGUUAACGAUCCUACGAUCAUUCGAAAAUCACGAUUAACGCGAGCGAGAAAAUUUAUCGACGAUUACGACGUAAGCUGAAGGCUCACGCUGUGCUUUUGUUAGUUUUUCUUUCGAUCUGCCUCCCAUUGCAUCCAUCGGGGUGGAAGGUUUCGUAGGUUCUUCACGUCGUUCAGCUCGCCGAAAAGGAACUCUCCGAUUAAUUCUUUUAUCUUUACGUGGGGAAAAAAAAAAAAGAAAAAAAUAAAACAAGAAGAAGAAGAAAAAGAAAAGA